AUGGGUCUGCGGGCGGCGAUGGGAUGUUCGUCCUUGCCGUCCUCCCGUGCGCUGUGGCUCACGACGGCCGUCGUCGCGGCGCUCGCGGCCGCGGCCGGCGCGCAGGCGCAGCUGUCUCUGUCGCCGGGGUUCUACGACGCGACGUGCCCGGGGCUGCAGCCCAUCGUGCGCCGCGUCGUGGCGCGGGCCGUCCGGAUGGAGCCGCGCAUGGGGGCGUCCCUCCUCCGCCUCUUCUUCCACGACUGCUUCGUCAAUCUCGGCGGGCCGAGGUGGACGGUGCCGCUAGGCCGGCGCGACGCGCGCAACACGAGCGCGGGCGCGGCGAACGCCAACCUCCCACCGCCGGACGCGAGCCUACCGACGCUGCUGUCCAUGUUCGGCGCCAAGGGCCUGGACGCGCGGGACCUGACGGCGCUGUCGGGCGCGCACACGGUGGGGCGCGCCCGCUGCGUGGUGUUCCGCUCCCACAUCUACAACGACACCGCCACCAACGCCACCUUCGCGGCGGAGCUCCGGGGCACCGUCUGCCCCUACACGGGCGGCGACGCCAACCUGGCGCCGCUGAAGCCGGAGGCGCCCGACACCUUCGACAACGGCUACUUCCGGGACCUGAUCACCCGCCGCGUGCUGCUGCGCUCGGACCAGGCGCUGUACGACGGCGGCAACGGCACCACGGACGCGCUCGUGCGCGCCUACGCCGCCAACGGGACGGCCUUCGCGGCCGACUUCGCCGCCGCCAUGGUGAGGAUGGGCAACCUGGGCCCGCCCGCGGGGAGCGCCGCCGCCGCUGCCGAGGUCCGGCUCAACUGCCGGCGAGUGAACUGA